UAUCAUUUUAAUUUUUUUUUUUUUAAUACAUUAUUUUCGCCGUACGAGGAGGACGCUCGGAAUUCACCGGCCUGUCGGCUCCCGAGAGGGACCCGGGGAUUGUGCGGUCGCUUUUCUUCAUUUUUUUUUUUUUCUGUUUGUUUGGUUGGUUGGUUUGGGUUUUUUGAUUUGUUUUUUUUUUUUUCUUCCUAAAUUUUUAUUGUUAUUUUUUUUUUCCGCUGAGCAGCGGCGGCGGCGGCAGCAAUAUGGCUGGUGAUGGGUUUUUUGGGGGGCGCUGGCGGCGGGAGGAGCUCUCGGAAGCCCCUGCGCGCCCGGCUCGCUGUUAGCUAUGGCAAAUGGCAGCGGCGGCGGCUCCUACCCGGGCGGCAGCGGCGGCGGCGGCUCCUACCCGGGCGGCAGCGGCGGCGGCAUUAGAAUGAGUAACAAUAUCAACGCCAACAAUCUCAACACAGACUCGUCCUCCUCCCCCGUCAAUGUGCCCAAGAUGGAUGCGCUCAUCAUCCCGGUGACCAUGGAGGUGCCCUGCGAUAACCGCGGACAGCGCAUGUGGUGGGCUUUCCUCGCCUCAUCCAUGGUCACUUUCUUUGGGGGACUGUUUAUCAUCCUGCUGUGGAGGACCCUCAAGUACCUGUGGACUGUCUGCUGCCACUGCGGGGUCAAAAACAAGGAAGCCCAGAAGAUCAAUGGUGGUGGAGAUACACAGGCAGAUGGGGCCUGCAAGCCAACAGAUGAAAAAGAGGAGAAUGUGGCAGCAGAAGUGGGAUGGAUGACCUCUGUGAAGGACUGGGCAGGAGUCAUGAUAUCUGCCCAGACAUUAACUGGCAGAGUACUUGUUGUCUUAGUCUUCGCUCUUAGUAUUGGUGCUCUUGUAAUAUACUUCAUAGAUUCAUCAAACCCAAUAGAAUCCUGCCAGAAUUUCUACAAAGAUUUCACAUUACAGAUCGACAUGGCUUUCAAUGUGUUCUUCCUACUCUACUUCGGCUUGCGUUUCAUAGCAGCCAAUGACAAGCUAUGGUUUUGGCUAGAAGUUAACUCAGUAGUAGAUUUCUUCACGGUCCCUCCAGUGUUUGUGUCAGUAUAUUUAAACAGAAGUUGGCUUGGUUUAAGAUUUUUAAGAGCUCUUAGACUGAUACAGUUUUCAGAAAUUUUGCAGUUUCUGAAUAUCCUUAAAACAAGUAACUCCAUCAAGCUAGUGAAUCUGUGCUCUAUAUUUAUCAGCACGUGGCUGACAGCAGCUGGGUUCAUACAUUUGGUGGAGAACUCAGGGGAUCCAUGGGAAAAUUUCCAAAAUAAUCAACCGCUAACAUAUUGGGAAUGUGUUUAUUUACUGAUGGUUACAAUGUCCACUGUUGGCUAUGGAGAUGUUUAUGCAAAAACAACCCUUGGUCGCCUUUUCAUGGUCUUCUUCAUCCUUGGGGGAUUGGCCAUGUUUGCCAGCUACGUCCCUGAAAUCAUAGAGUUAAUAGGAAACCGCAAGAAAUAUGGUGGUUCCUAUAGUGCGGUUAGUGGAAGAAAGCACAUAGUUGUCUGUGGUCACAUAACACUUGAAAGCGUGUCCAACUUCCUGAAGGACUUCCUGCACAAGGAUAGGGAUGAUGUCAACGUAGAAAUCGUCUUUCUGCAUAAUAUCUCCCCUAACCUUGAGCUGGAAGCUCUUUUUAAACGACACUUCACUCAGGUGGAAUUUUAUCAGGGUUCAGUCCUUAAUCCCCAUGACCUGGCGAGAGUGAAGAUAGAGUCAGCAGAUGCAUGCCUAAUCCUUGCCAAUAAAUACUGCGCUGACCCAGAUGCUGAAGAUGCCUCCAAUAUUAUGAGAGUUAUUUCAAUAAAGAAUUAUCAUCCGAAGAUAAGAAUUAUCACUCAGAUGUUGCAGUAUCACAAUAAGGCUCAUCUGCUAAAUAUCCCAAGCUGGAACUGGAAAGAAGGGGAUGAUGCAAUCUGUCUUGCUGAGCUCAAGCUGGGUUUCAUAGCCCAGAGCUGCCUGGCACCGGGCCUUUCAACAAUGUUAGCCAACCUCUUUUCUAUGAGGUCAUUCAUAAAGAUUGAGGAGGAUACGUGGCAGAAGUACUACCUGGAAGGAGUUGCAAAUGAAAUGUAUACAGAGUAUCUGUCUAGUGCCUUUGUGGGUUUGUCCUUCCCUGCAGUUUGUGAACUGGUGUUUGCGAAACUAAAGCUCUUAAUGAUAGCCAUAGAAUACAAGUCGGAAAAACGAGAAAGCAGAAGCCGAAAGCGUAUAUUAAUCAAUCCUGGAAACCAUGUCAAGAUUCAAGAAGGUACUUUAGGAUUCUUCAUUGCAAGUGAUGCCAAAGAAGUAAAAAGGGCAUUUUUUUACUGCAAGGCCUGUCAUGAUGACAUCACGGAUCCCAAAAGAAUAAAAAAAUGUGGCUGCAAACGGCAAGUAAAGAAGGCAGCUAGAUCAAGUUACUCAAAAUGUUCAUAUCAAUUCAAGAAUGCAACUACUAAUGCAUUGGUUGGUGCCAAGUCCACUGAAGGAAUCCCGGAACCUGUUCCACUUGUUAAUAACCGUAAAGGGAGCCUCUUCCUACCCAACAACCCCUCGCUGCUGCACCUUAACUUAUUGAGUUCUGUUGAACAAGGAAAAUCUACGUACUGUAGAUUGCAAAGGGCACUCAGCUUGCCUGUAAAAUACCGCUACCACUCCCAAAAGCCUGGGUUGAACCAAGAUCUCCUUGAAGAUGAGCAGCCGUCGACACUAUCACCCAAAAAAAAGCAGCGAAACGGAGGCAUGCGAAAUUCACCCAACUCCUCACCCAAACUGAUGAGGCAUGACCCCUUGUUAAUUCCUGGCAACGAGCAGAUUGACAAUAUGGAUGCCAAUGUGAAAAAAUACGACUCUACAGGGAUGUUUCAUUGGUGUCCAGCCAAGGACAUUGAAAAGGUCAUUUUGACUCGAAGUGAAGCAGCGAUGACAGUUUUAAGUGGGCAUGUAGUCGUUUGCAUAUUUGGGGAUGUUAAAUCUGCUUUGAUUGGAUUAAGAAAUUUAGUGAUGCCAUUACGAGCCAGCAACUUUCACUACCAUGAACUCAAGCACAUUGUGUUUGUGGGUUCACUUGAAUACCUGAGAAGGGAAUGGGAGACACUGCAUAACUUCCCCAAGGUUUCAAUCUUGCCUGGUACGCCAUUAAGUCGGGCUGAUUUAAGGGCUGUCAACAUCAACCUCUGCGACAUGUGCGUUAUCCUGUCAGCCAAUCAGAAUAAUAUUGAUGAUGCUUCGCUGCAGGACAAGGAAUGCAUCUUGGCGUCACUCAACAUCAAAUCUAUGCAGUUUGAUGACAGCAUUGGGGUCUUGCAGGCUAAUUCCCAAGGCUUUACACCCCCUGGGAUGGAUAGGUCAUCUCCAGACAACAGUCCAGUCCACGGCUUGUUACGUCAACCAUCCAUUACAACAGGAGCCAACAUCCCUAUUAUAACAGAGCUAGCUAAGCCUGGCAAACUUCUGCCUUUGGUUUCAAUCAGUCAGGAAAAAAACAGUGGAACCCACAUUCUAAUGAUAACUGAACUGGUAAAUGAUUCAAAUGUUCAGUUCUUGGACCAAGAUGACGAUGAUGAUCCAGACACAGAACUGUAUCUCACGCAGCCCUUUGCAUGUGGAACUGCAUUUGCUGUCAGUGUGCUGGACUCUCUCAUGAGCGCAACAUACUUCAAUGACAAUAUCCUCACACUGAUACGGACAUUGGUAACAGGAGGAGCCACACCAGAGCUGGAAGCACUGAUUGCUGAGGAAAAUGCAUUGAGAGGAGGUUACAGCACGCCCCAGACACUUGCAAACAGGGACAGGUGUCGAGUUGCUCAGUUGGCUUUGUAUGAUGGGCCGUUUGCAGACCUAGGGGACGGAGGUUGUUAUGGAGAUCUAUUUUGUAAAGCACUGAAAACAUACAAUAUGCUUUGCUUUGGAAUUUAUCGAUUAAGGGAUGCACAUCUAAGUACUCCCAGCCAAUGCACUAAACGUUAUGUUAUCACAAACCCACCGUAUGAAUUUGAGCUUGUGCCGACAGACUUGAUCUUCUGUUUGAUGCAGUUUGACCACAACGCUGGCCAGUCCCGGGCCAGUCUUUCUCAUUCCUCCCAUUCCUCCUAUUCUUCCAGUAAGAAGAGCUCAUCAGUUCACUCCAUCCCAUCAACAGCAAACCGACCGAACCGCACCAAGACCAGGGAUUCCCGGGAAAAACAGAAUGCAACAAGGAUGAAUAGAAUGGGCCAAGCAGAAAAGAAAUGGUUUACAGAUGAGCCGGAUAAUGCCUAUCCCAGAAACAUUCAAAUCAAGCCCAUGAGCACUCACAUGGCCAAUCAGAUCAAUCAAUAUAAAUCGACAAGCAGCUUGAUACCACCAAUCAGAGAAGUUGAAGAUGAAUGUUGACUCCUUCGAGGCCAGAACUAUUUUUUUAAAGCCUGACAAACUUCAUGAAUGGUGAUGUGACAUUUAUUCCUCUUACAUGCUGAACCACUGAUGGAGACGUUAAGAAGGGCAAGCUAAUGGGAAAAUAAAAUAGACAGAUCUUUGUUUGUCUGCCUUUAAUAUUGCUUCCACGUAUUUUGGAAAAUAUUUCAUUUAUAAAUGAACAUAAUCAAAACUAGUCAUGUAUAGCCUCUAGCAUUUUAAAUUAUUUUUAUUUAUUAGAAAAAAAAUAUAUUUUUCUUUUUUUUUCAUUGUCAAGUAUUUUCCCUUAAAAAAAGACAAACAUGCAUAUGUGGCCAGACUCCUCUGAAUUUUAAAAAAAAAACAAACCUCAGUCUUUGGCUUCAAGGAGAAUGAUGGUCACAGUUAUAAGGACAUGUAAUUAAGGGAGGCAAAUGAUAUAUUUACAAAAAAGAAAAAAAAAAGGUCCAACUUGUAUUUUAGUAAAUCAAAAAAAGCAGAAGAAAAAAAAAAAAAGAACAGUUCACCAAAAUGUUUCUUUACUGGAGGAUGUGUAUUUUGUUCAGCAUUGACACCAGCUCUUAAUAAACUGAACUUAUUUAUUUUCAAAGUUGAAAGUCAUAUUUUUCUACAUUUAACAUUCUUCCGAAGUAUUCUUUGCUUUAUUACCAUAUACAGCUCAUCUUAGUCGCCAGUUAUGUUAAGGUCCAAUAACUCCCACACACGCAAACACGCUGUGUUGUCCCCCCCCGCCCCCUACAUGCGUGUGUACACACAUAGACAAAGACACGCACGUGCACACGCACACAGACGAACACACACAGACGAACACACAAACACACACACACAAGAGCCCGGCAUCCUGGAUAACUUUCUGCACCACUGGCGUGGUGAACAUCAGUACCCUAAACCGAGGGCCAAGCAGAUAAGGUGCUCCUAGGCGGCACUUGCUACAAAUGGCAAAUCUGGCAAUUCCACUUUGCUUCCCAUUAGCCAUCAGCAGUUGCUAAUUUCAGGAAGGCAAGCUUGGCAAUUCCUCUUCUUUUGCCAUGCAUUACAGUGCUUUAAUCCAGAGUGCAUAAAUAUUGCAUGAAAUCAUGAGUUAUAAACCUUCUCAUCUACCAUAUUUUCUUGGUUCCUUACUUCAGAAGUGCUGAUGGCCUCGCAUCAGGCUUGUUUCUUUGGUUCAAAUUCUUCCUGAUAUGGAUAGAGGUUUAGCUCCAGAUCUUUGCACUUUGGUGAUAGCUCAUACCUUGGUAAAAGGCACGCUGAAUCUCCUUUCGGUGAGUUCAGAUUAGGAUAAAAACUGGUUUAGCCACAGGUCUAUAAUCUCACAACAUGAAGUUCUCAAUUGAUUCCUGCACCAAGCAACAUCUUAUUUUAGCAGUUGCUUUUUUUUGUUUUUCUUUAAUUUAUUUUCACUUUGCUGGGACUCCACACAUAAAAGUACAGUAAUAACCAAAUCAAAAUAAAAGUAAUGAAUGUAUUUAUUAUGAUAAUUUACAAAAGGCCUUUGAUGGGUGCCUUUUGUGCCAGCAGUUUCACAAAGUUACCAACAAGCUUUAUCGCCAUCAGACAAAAAUGUGAUGUUUGAUAUCUGUGCUGCAGUAUCUAUCCACCCAAGCAUUUGAUGUUCUAAAUGAUUUAGUAACUCUCUCGAUCUCAAAUUAGCAACAUCUGACACAAUUGUGUGAAGAAAAACAACCACAAAAGGCUGUGCUAAUAAGGAUUAAAACAAAAUUAUAGGACCCAGUCAUCAGGAAAGGCAGGUUUCAUUGUGCAAGUUAACUUUAGGCUUUGUAAUUUUGCAGAAUUGUUAAACACCACAACAAAACAUACUGUGGUACUUCUAUCAUUAGAGAAAUAUCAGUGAAUCAAACAAAUACAAAGCAGAUGAAUUUAUUGUGAAAACAAUGAUGUCCACCAUAUAAUCCAACAUUUAAGCUAAACUAUCUCAGCUUUAAUGUUUGUCCACUGGCUGCAGUACAACUAUAACCAUACUAACACCUAAUAGGCUUUAUUCUGGAGUGACUUCUUGGACUGUGACUACUUUGAUGUUACAUUUUGUAGAAUAGCUAUUUAAAAAACAAUAACAAGAAUUGUUAAUACAGUAUCUGUAAAAUUGGAUGGUUUAAAAUAUUUCACUCUCCUGCAAAGUAAAACAACAAUUUAAGCGGUUUUUUCCAUUAUUAUUUAAACCAUGUUUAACCCAUCUCACAGUCCCCAAAACAGAAGAUGAUUCUGGUGAGUUCUUCUGGUCUAUGCUGCUUCAGCUAGUGACACGUCAUAACCUGCAUCUGGUUUCUGCGUUGGGUCACGUUAAGCCUUUACUUUGAAGUCAUUGCUCCUUUUUCACUUAUGAACUGCGUUCAUAUUAUAACCAGGGUCAAAAAAGCUGGUCCUGAGUACAAGAGAAUGUUUGAAAUUCGUGUUCAACUUCACCAAGUACAUGUGAUUUUUUUUUUCUUAGAAGACUGUUGUUUACUGUACAUUAUGUCUUACACUUUACCAUAUACAGUGCCAUUUCUGAGUGUCCUUCCUUCAGAAGUGAGCAUUCACUGGAUUAAAACAUAGUAAUGACUCAAAUACAACACUCCUACGUAGCUGAGGUUUGUAUGUGUCUCUCUGUCCAGUUUAACUGUCACACCCAAAAAAACCCCAUGCUGCCAACUGUACAUAAAUGAAGAACAAGAUCUGAAUAUACACUCAUUCUGUCUCCCAGCACAGAUAGUUCCGUAUGUAACUACAGAUAGACAGAACACCACCUGUGGAGAGCAAGCGAGACGGAGAGAAACAGGGAUAGUUACUGUUUUGCAUUUCCCAUUUAUAGAAAAGCCAACAGCCAUCAUUAAUCUUUUCUUACACCUCUUUUUGAUGAUCAAAGACGCAGGACUGACUUCUGGCAAUUAGAUGGAGGAAUAUGUAGAAAACCUGUGGGAGAUCUUUGACAUUCAGCCAUUAAAGACUACCAUAAGGCCAGCACCACUAUUCGGUUAUAUGUAGUUACAUCAAGGCAAGUGGCCUAAGUGACAGCUGACAGACCCCAUGGCGACUGAUGCAGAAAUAAGUUUUUGAUCUUUAUUAAUAAUUCUUACUCCUUUCUCAGAAGACAACAAAAGGGGGAAAAAAAGAAGGAAUUUCAGCUUUUUCAUUAACUGCAUGCACAAUUAAUCCAGGCUAAACGAUUUUUGGGUUUUUUGGUAACUUAUGUUUUGGCUGGAAAGCGCGUCUGUGUGCGUGAGCGUGUUUGCACAUAUGCAUGUCCACACAUACAUGUGGGUGUAUAUAGAGAGUAUAAAAAGGGGUUGUGUAUAUUUAUUUGCUACAAAAUCAUCACAAGAAGGUGGUCAUAAUUUUUUUUAGCUUACAGGCUAGCGCACGGAGGCAUUCUAUCUACUGUUUCCUCCUGGUUUGCCCAAAAAGCAGCUGUUCCUGUUAGUUAUAUUCACUGUGCAGACAGGAGACCGCAGAAACCUCUCUCACUGCUGAAGCCACGUGUGCUCCUGGGGCCUCCUCUCACCCGUGCACACACGUGCUCCCACACGGCCGCAACGCUUGCUCGCUCUCUGUCUUGUGGCUAUUAUUUUAAUUUGUCCCCUGAAGGCCACGAGCACUAAGAGGAAAGGCUCAACCUGUCCUCUGAUGGGGUGUUGUUUGGGUGACAAGUGCAAGAUAUUCAGCAUCUAAAUGAGACUUUUUUUUUAAGGCCUCAAUGUGACUGCUUGUAAGACGAUAGGUAUGUGAUGUAUUUCUUAAUAGGGGAAAAAAAAUGCAAAUGUUUCCUUGUACUUUUCAAAAACUUUCUAAAACUGCCGCCUCCAUUUUAACAGCUCUUCUUCUUUCAAAUCAGCAUCGAUGGCCAAACAGUAGGAAGCACAUGUGGCAGAAAGUACAAACGCCCUUGCUCUGGGUUAUGAUCAGUUAUAGAGUGCUAAAGGCUCUCGGGCAAUGUUGUUUUCCACCUGUAACACCAAGGGACCCUGCAAGUCCAAAAGCCAGAACCGUAGGGACAGAGAAAGCGGGGCGUGAGGGACACGACACAUCCAGGUCCUCAAGCAGGUGGCUGUUUCCAAUUCAUCGUUGAUGGGAAAGUCAGUGCUGCUUAUACAAGGUGAAGGCCAUGAGCUUCAGGAUAAUGAGGAGCCCGUGUAGCCUUAUUAAGCCACACAGAUGUCUUGAAAGAGUUGAUGAGUCUUCAGCAGCUUACAGACUGUUGUAGCAGCUGGGGCUGUACGAGAAGCCAGGUUUAGCUACGCUAAAGAUUUCUUUUUUUCUUUUUCCCCAUUUUUGAAUUUUAAAGGCCACCCAAUGACUCACGCAGCAUGGAUGUGAAAAGACUUAAUUGGUCUCAGCUGAAUGUGGAAAAGGGAAAAAGUAGUUUGCAUGUAAUGUACAAAAGACACGACAAAAGUAUUAUCUGUAGCCUUUUAUUAUAAGUUGUUCCGUGGUGGUGGGUGAGCUGGUUGUAUUUUUUUGGCCAGUAUAAGGAAAAUUUGCAUUUCUUAAACUCUUCGUAGUGUAGGAGAAGAAGGAGAAAGUAUAAUAGCACAUUCUCAUUCAGAGAGGACUGUUCUUGUUGGGGGGUGUGUGUCUGUGUGUGUGUAAACUACAUCUACCAACUACCGCAAUAAUUGGAUGCAUAAACUAAUGCAUGACCAAAAAAAAGCAAUAAUUUAAACAUGGGUAACGGUGCAUGUUUUCACUGCUUGGUCACUCACGGGCAAAUCCAUAAACAAGGUCUCAACUGCUCUGUUCUACCUGCCCCACAUGGGCUCAAAGUUAACACAGAGCAGGUGCUUAAAUGGUUUUAUCAAGGAGCAGGUUCCUAAGGGCUUGUGGCUCCCAAUGUAUUUGAAAUGAACACAUAGCGAGGUCAGGCUGUGUGCGUGUGUGUUGGUUUUGUUGGUUUUUUUUCGUUUUUGGUUUUUUUUUUUAAAGCUGUUGUUCUCAUUGUGAAUUUCUUUAGCACCAAAAGAAGUGUGUGUCUCACUUUUCAUAUCUAGUUCUAAAGCUGCUUAAACAAAAUAACUAAGUGUGUGAAAGGUGAUGAACAGGACAAAGUGAAAACAGAAAUCCUUUCCCUGUCUUACAGUGGAUUGGCCUGGGAAUAUCUGUCAAAGUCAAUGGCAGAGGCAUAGCGAAAUUCAGGGGAAAAGAGAGCUCUUUAUAUUCCUUCUUUUAUUUUCCUCUCCUUGCCAUCUGAACUACCAAUAUCCCCAAUAUAUGAACAAGGACUUUUAUGAUUUUUAUUUUUAUUUCUUAAUUCUAAGGGUGUUUGAACAAUCCCAGGCUUAGCGGAUAUAUAUAUAUUUUUAAAUUCGUUAUAUAUGAUAGGUAUACUAAUAUUUAGUUAGCAGGCGUAAUAUUUGUAUACUUUAUACUGAGCAAUACUAGUAGGUGUGGGUACAGCCCCCAUCUGAAAUAGCGAAAGGAAUGGAGUAGCUGUUCAGCUGUGGCCACUGCCUCGGAUGGUACACAGGCCUAUAGUAUUGACAAUUCUGCCCCAGCAUUUAUCAGAGCUAUAUUUAUACACGUAAUAUAUCUAUUCUGCACAGAUAGUCUCUGCUAUAGAACAUUCAGCCACAUUGAAACUGUAUAGUCUUUAAUGUGCAGUAGUCUAUAUAACCAAUUAAAUUCCACGGAAGUUAAUAAAUAGGACUGCUGGUCUAACGUAUCUGUUUUAUCUAAUGGUGUACUACUGUAAACUGUUAAAAUGAGAAGGGGUAGGGGGAAAGAAGAGAAUAUAAUUAUAAAAUACUUUUUUAUCACUUUUGGGUCUAAUUUAGAACACUAUCUAACUUAAGAAGCUAAACACAGUAACGCUGCAUCAAAUUAGAACCUUAGUGAAGUUGAGAGAAAGCUUCUUACUGCUUCAGUCAAUACAUUUUAGAGGAGAUCUUUAUAACUUCAAAAAAACAGACCACCCCACAACACAACAUAUAGGCAGUUGAAUACAUGUAAUAGAAAACAUCAUAGACUUUUUUCAGAAACCAAACAUUUGGCAUAUGAGCACUUCGUUGACUGGAUGAUAGUCAACGGGAACCACAUAAAAAGGUCAGCAGGUCAGUUAUCUCAAGUUUUCCUUAAGUAGCAGUUAAAAAAAUGCCGCUUCUGCGAUGGCAUAAGUUGGAACACACACGCUUAGCCAAUGCAAAUAAUCUAACCUCUGUCAAAAAAAAAAAAAGAAAAGUUGACAUAACUUUAAUUUUCGCAUUUCUGUAGCAUUCAAGGCUGAUGGUUUUUUUCUUCCUUCAGAAAAAAGACACACACGCAAACACAUAUAUACAAUAUAUUUUGAUGGCUACACGUGUCUAUUCAGUUAUAAUCUGGGAGUGGGGAUGGAGGGGUACACUGAGAACCAGCUAUCAUCUUAACUUAGAAGUUCAUCAAGAAAAAGGAGUAUGACUUCAUCAUUUUACUUUUUACCAUUAUGGGUUGGUGAGAGAGAACAAAUGCUGGUGCUCAGAAAUGAUCUACCUGACUUUGUCAUAUGUAAUAUCCAGUGAUAAAUAUAUUGUCCUGUAAAAAGGGUUUGUACAUAACUUGUACAUGGUUUCAUUUUGUAUUUUUCUCAGAUUAAAAUUUAUGUAUUUGUGUUCUAAAAGAAGGAGAGAUUGCUGUGUUUUCUUUUUCUCUUUGAGACAGGCUGUGGCCCAUAAAGUUAUGCAACAUGCAUCAUCAAGUCAUGAGUAAUACUUUAUUCACAAAACCAAUGCUAUUAGUACUUUGAACUAAGACUAACCCAGCUGCCUUUCUCUCUUCCUCGCCCUCCAGAGUCAGCCCCUUCCUAAUAAUGAUUAAUAUCAGCUGCCGUGGAAGAUGCUGUGAGGG